GGUCCAUGAUCAUUUGCUUGAUAGCAAUCGCGGGAGCAAAGGCUGCUCUCGCCUACGCGCUUCCUCUACCUUCUCCUUUUGCAGAACUCGGAGAUUCCGGUUGAGGAGAAAAUCGCGGACAUUUUCGGCUUCAGGGGGAUAGCAACCUCACGGGAGAGAGGGUGGGAUUCACGGCAGCGAGGCAGCCGGCAGGAUUACCACCGUUUUUUGGUUCACCAAUGAACGUGGGGUCUCGUCAGGAACAAUAUAACCGCGGCAAUUGCAGCAGCACCACCAGGAAGCGACGGCACUGCGACGGCACAUCCCCGAAGGAGAACCUCCGGCCUGCGAGCACUUCCAGGACGUCCAGCGACUUGAGCGGCGAUCAUGGGACUCGACUUCCUGGCAGACGGAGGUGCCGAUUUCGAGCAUGCAAUCACCGUAACAGGUUUCGGAAAAUUUCACUACUGGCUGCUGACCAUCUGUGGCUUGAUUUAUAUGGACACGGCAAUCGGCGUGACAAUACUCUCGUUUGUACUUCCGGCGGCGCAAUGCGACCUGGAAAUGGACUCCACCGCAAAGGGUUGGCUGACCGCUUCUCCGAUGCUAGGUAUGGUGAUUGGUUCAUAUAUAUGGGGAUGCCUGGCUGACACGAAGGGCAGAAAGAUCGUGCUGAUUGCUACGUUAUUGAUGGAUGGCAUCGUGGGCAUCCUGUCCUCGUUCGUUCAGUACUUUUGGGUAUUUCUGGUCUUCCGGUUCUUCAACGGUUUCGCUGUAACCGGUGCCAUGGGUAUUUGCUUCCCCUAUCUUGGCGAAUUUCAACCUACAAAGUACCGCGAACAAGUUCUCUGCUGGAUGGAGAUGUUCUGGACGAUUGGUGUAAUAGUCUUACCGCUGAUUGCCUGGCUAAUUAUCCCCAUGGACUUCAUGUACAACAGCGAAACGUUCUACUUCAAGUCCUGGAAUCUCUUCGUCGCGCUUUGCGCCCUGCCUUCGCUUAUGCUCGGCCUGUGGCUCUUUACUUUUCCGGAGAGCCCAAAGUUCCUGCUGGAAUGCGGCGAGACCGAUGCGGCUCUCGAGGUGUUCAAGUGGAUAUAUUCGCGAAAUACCGGCGCUGAUCCCGAUACCUAUCCGGUAAAGUGUCUACAAGAGAAGACAAAGCACCAAGAUAAGAGCACCAGGUCACUGAAACUGCACAAGCGGAAGGAUCUGAAAGUCCUCUUCAAAGAAAUACGAGAUCUGACGACUGCACUUUGCAAGCAGCCAUAUUUGCGCAACACAUUGCUCGCUUGCGCCAUUCAAUUUGGACUCACCAGCAGCUAUUACACCCUGAUGGUCUGGUUCCCGGAACUGUUCACCAGAUUCGAGCAGUUCGAGCACGUGAAUCCCGGCGAGACCACAUCGGUGUGUAUAGUUUCUGCUCUGCCAGAUAAUCAAACUUUCUUUGAUCCUUACGGAUGCGAUACGGUAAUCGCGCCUUCCGUUUAUCUGCACACCGUGUAUAUCGGCUUGGCAUGCAUCCCCGGGUCCAUCAUUCUGCCUAUCUUCGUGCACAAACUGGGAGCCAAAUUCUUUCUGAUUAUGUCAUUGGUGGUUUCCGGCGCGGUGACGGUGGGUUUUUAUUACGUGGUGAACUCGAUGCAGAACUUGGUGCUUUCAUGCGUGUUCGAGGCCCUUACGUCUCUCGGGAUCUCUUUAGUUUAUUGCGUGAUCGUCGACAUGUUUCCGACAAAUCUCAGAGUGAUGGCGGCUGCUUUGUCCCUGACGAUGGGCCGAUUGGGUGCUCUGGUCGGCAACCUGGUGUUCGGUUAUCUGAUUGAUUUAGCCUGUGUUGUUCCCAUCAUACUGUUUGCCGCGUUUUUGUUUGUUUGCGGUCUCUUGUCGUUCUUUUUGCCAAAAACUGGAAAGGAAACAUUAGAAUAACAGAGGAAGAAUCUUUCGAUCUAGUUUGCGCGUUACAACUUGAGGAAUCUGUACCAUAUGAUCAUACUCUUGUUCUGAUCUUGUUAUAUAUUUAUUAAUAAAUUUAUUUGUAAAAAAAAUAAA